CAGAGAGAGAGAGAGAGCCGUGAGGGUGGCACUUGUGCGGCAAACACACCCAAUGUUUGUGUUUUCGAAUUUUUCGUGAUACUACGAGUGGUUCGUGGCCGUUUGGCAAGGCAUGUAGUCCCGUCGUCGAGCCGCUCGAGAUGUGGACGACGACGAAAACAACCAAGUACGGCGUCGCUGUCUACAAUUGGCGAGGUGACACGCGCUAUGGCCUUCCUUUGGAAAUUGGAGAAACCGUGCAGAUUCUCGAAGAAUGCGCAGGAUGGUACAGGGGCUUUUCGACGAAGAAUCGGGCGGUGAAGGGAAUCUUUCCCAGUUCGUACAUCCACCUGAAACCCUGCAAGAUCGAGAACGAAGGGUUGUACGAGUCUGUCAUACCUUUAGAGGACCCCGUGGUACGCGAAGUCACCCUCGUUCUUCGAGAAUGGGACGGUAUUUGGAAGAGACUGUACGUGGAACGGGAGAUUUACAAGUUCACCACGCUGCGCAAGGUGAUGCAGGAGCUGUUAGAAUGGCGGCGACAGCUGUUGGCUGGCACCCUGACGACCGAUCAAACGCGAGAGCUGAAGCUACGGAUCAUCAACAAAGUGGACUGGGGAAAUCGAAAGCUGGGCCUGGACUUAGUACCCCGUCAGGGUGCCCAUAUGGUGGACCCGGAUACCAUGUCGGUCGUCGAACUUUAUCACGUGCACGUGCAAAGUGCGGAAAAUUCGCAAGGAGCUUCGGCGAGAGGUACCCUCAGGCGGAAGGAACACAAGAAGGUGUUAACGCAUCACCUAUACUUCUGCAUGAGAGAUUUCGGCCACUCGGUCGGCGAGGACACCGAGAUUUAUUUCUCCUUGUACGACGCAAAGAGAAAUCAAUAUCUGAGCGAGCGUUUCCUCGUGCGGAUAUCGAAGGAGGGUUUCUCGAGCUUUAUCGAGAAGAUUCACAGCAACUGCACGAUUUUCACUGAUCUCGGUAACGCGGACCUCAGCAGGGAUCUGUACAUGGUCGCGCACGUGAUGCGAUGCGGGAGAAUGCUGUAUUCCGAUUCUGGUAAGAACAAAGCGGGAACUGCUACUUACAGGAGACCUCAUGGCGUCGCUGUCCUCUCCCUCGCCGAAGCCACCCAGGAUCAUACCGAGGAACUGGAGAUGACGUUCAAGGUGUAUCAAGGCGAAGAGAAGGACUUUCACCAACUGCACGAGCAGAUCAUCCGCAACAACAAGUGUUCACCGCUUCCUGGCCAACCAAAUUAUGGCAUAGUGGUUUCGCUGCGUGUUCUUCACGGUGAACUGUCCCAGGUGCGGGUAGAAAAUCCUUUGCUCUUCAAGAAUAUCUGUCUGACGAAGAAGCUUGGCUUCUCCGACGUUAUCAUGCCGGGCGAUGUUCGGAACGAUUUGUACCUGAAACUAGAGCGCGGGGAGUUCGAGAGGGGUGGGAAAUCAACGGGGAAGAAUAUCGAGGUGACAAUUUUGGUGUUGGACGUGGAUGGUCAACCUUUGGAGGGUUGCUUGUUUGGAGCCGCUGGAACGGAGGGUAGUUCUGAAUACCAAAGCUUAAUCAUAUAUCAUCAUAAUAGUCCGUCGUGGGCGGAAACGGUUCGACUGGCGAUACCUAUAGACAAGUUUUAUGGAAGUCACGUUCGUUUCGAGUUCAGACAUUGUUCCACACGCGAGAAAACCGAUAAAAAGUUGUUUUCGUUCGCUUUCGUACGUCUCAUGGAACCCGGUGGAGCCACCCUUCAAGAUGGCCCUCACGAAUUGUAUAUCUACAAAUGCGAAGAUCGUUCGAAGUUGGAUUCGUUGAGUUACCUUUCAUUGCCCAGUAGCGCUCGAGAACCAAAUGCAACCGGUUCACCGGCAUUUUCACGAUCGCCGAAAGAAGCCGUCUUCGUUCAUACGUUACUUUGCAGCACAAAGCUGACACAGAACGUUGAUUUGUUAAGCCUGCUCCAAUGGAAAGCGCAUCCGGAACGUAUUUCAGAAACUUUAGGUCGAGUGCUGCGAUUAGACGGUGAGGAAUUGGUGAAAUUCCUGCAGGACAUUUUGGACGCACUCUUCUCGAUGUUCCACACGGAAAACGGCAAUUCCAAUGCCCACUCUGGCCUAGUCUUUCAAGUACUGGUCUCCAUCUUCAGCCUUCUCGAGGAUUCCAAGUUCGAGCACUUUAAACCCGUAAUGGACGCUUACAUUUCCGGCCACUUCGCCGCUGCCCUGGUGUAUAAAGGUCUUUUGAGCAGCGUACAGCAUUGUGCCGACUGGGUGACCGUGGCAGAGAAACAGGAACCCAUCAUCAAAUGCUUCCGUUCUCUCGAAUAUAUCUUCAAGUUCAUCAUACAGAGUCGUCUGCUAUUCGCUAGGGCGACGGCGGGCGAAUUGGAAGAUAAUUUCAAGCGAGACCUCUCCUGCGUGUUCGCGGCAUUGAACAAAAUGUUGGGCAUCCCUUACGAAAUGGUUCUCCACUCUCAGAUAGCGUUGCUUUAUUCCAUCUCGCCGGUGUUCGAACAACUGGUAGCCGUAUUGCCUGUUCUCAAAGUUGCCAAACUCACCUGCACGAUGCUUGACUCCGUGCCACGCGAGCCAUCCUUGCAGUUAACUCAAGCCAAGCUGACAGCCAUCAAGAACUUGACCACAUCUUCGUUGUUCCGUGAAGACGACGAGAGCAGAAAUCUUUUAUUGGUCACUAUGUGCAGACAUCUGAGAAUCCAUCUUAUCAGACGCGAAGAGCUCCGAUCUUGCACAGAGAUCCUCGGCGAAAUACUCAGUUUUCUGCACAAACGGGGUCGAGACACCAACAAGGUCAAUAACUGCAUCCAGCAUGACGUCGAGACACUCUGUUUGUCGAUUCUGGAUGUAUUGAUACAGACUAUCCUCAUCGUCAUCAACACCAGUGGUCCCGUGUUGGGUUGUCUAGUCGCUUGUUUGAUAGGAUUGCUUCAACUUUUGGAUGAAUAUCAUUAUUCGCGAUUAUGGGAAGAGCUUACUCACACCGGUGAACGGAAGCCCUUGAAGGAUUUUCUUCUAAGAGUAUAUCUGGUGCUUCGCGACCUCGUCAGACAGGAAGUGUUCCCACCUGAUUGGUUGGUGAUCAGAAUGCAGGCGAAUAACAUUAUACUGAAGUCUCUCCAAGAGCUAGCUCAACCUCUGGCCUUCCGUUUCUCGGACGACACCUUCGACUCGCAACUUUGGUCUACCUACUUUAAUCUAGCCGUGGCCUAUCUGACCCAACCCUCCUUGCAACUGGAGCAGUUCUCUGAAGUGAAACGCGAGAAGAUCGUCGAAAAGUAUGGAGACAUGAGGGUAUUUAUGGGAUUUCAAAUUCUCUCGAUGUGGACUCAGUUGGGUGAUCGUAAGCUGGAGUUUAUUCCUGGGAUGGUGGGUCCAUUUUUGGAAGUCACUUUGGUUCCCGAAAGCGAACUUCGUAAGGCCACGUUACAUAUCUUCUUUGAUAUGAUGGAAUGCGAACAGCAAUCUAGAGGUAGCUUCAAGUCCGUGGAAUCGGAAUUGAUCGAUAAAUUGGAUAUUUUGAUCAGCGAGAAUAAAGGUGACGACGAGUACAGGCAGUUGUUUAAUACCAUGGAGCAUCUUAGUGCCGUAUUAUUAGACAGAGUACAAUUAGAAGAUCCAGCCUGGAAGGAAAGCGGAACUGCUUUCAUCACGUCAAUUACCCGUUUGUUGGAGAGACUUUUGGAUUAUAGAAGCGUUAUUCAGGGAGAUGAGAAUCGUGACAAGCGUAUGUCGUGUACCGUUAACUUACUGAACUUUUACAAAAAUGAAUUCAAUCGGAAGGAGAUGUACCUACGCUAUAUCUACAAAUUGCACGACCUUCAUCUAGCGGCAGAAAACUAUACGGAAGCUGGAUUCACUAUGAAAUUGUAUGCCGAUCAAUUGGGUUGGGGUUCGACUAUGUUACCUCCGGAUCACGCACAUCCCCAACAGCCAGAAUGGCAAAGGAAAGAGGUGCUCUAUCACAAGAUAAUCCACUAUUUGGAUCGGGGCAAGUGCUGGGAGAAGGGUAUUCCCUUGUGCAAGGAAUUGGCGGUGUUGUACGAGACUAGGUUAUACGAUUACGCGAAACUGAGCCACGUACUGAAAUUGCAAGCCAAGUUCCUCGAUAAUAUACUGACGCAACUUCGACCUGAACCGGAAUAUUUUAGAGUAGGCUUUUAUGGUCUCAGUUUUCCUCUCUUUGUUAGGAAUAAGUUGUUUAUAUAUCGCGGUUUAGAGUAUGAGCGAAUAGGGGCAUUCACGCAACGACUACAGACUGAAUUUCCAAGCGCACAAAUAUUAAUGAAGAAUUCACCUCCCGAUGAGAGUAUUCUUACAUCCGAGGGCCAAUAUAUACAAAUCUGCAACGUGAAACCGAUCCCAGAGGAGAGCAGCUUGGCCUGCAGAGGAGCAGAAGUACCAGAGCGGGUGGUCGCUUUUUACCUGGUGAACGACGUUAGGAAGUUCAUCUUCGACCGACCGCUCCACAGAGGCCCUGUCGAUCGCGAGAACGAGUUCAAAUCCUUAUGGAUCGAGAGAACCACACUGACCACCGAGGCCAAACUACCCGGUAUACUCAGAUGGUUCGAGGUAAUCGAAAAAAGAUCCGAGUUGCUGGCUCCUGUACAAUACGCCUGCGAGACCAUGCAGAGCGUGGAGAGAGAAUUGAGGAGACUGGUCGCACAAUACACUGCCGAACCUCAUCGAAAUAUUAAUCCCUUUAGUAUGAGACUCCAAGGCAUCAUCGACGCAAACGUGAUGGGUGGCAUUACCAAGUAUCAGGAAGCAUUCCUCACACCAGAAUUCGCUAGACAGAAUCCUGACAUGGUGCCGCACGUAAACAGGCUGAAAGGUUUAAUUCUUGAUCAAAUGAGCGUGCUGGAGGCUGGACUCAAUUUACACGGCCAAAUUGCACCGGCUGGAGUGCAGCCGCUUCACAAAAGGCUCAACGAGAGAUUUACGCAGUUGAAGCAGGGCUUGGGUCCGUUGGCCAGACAACGGACUAUUCAUCACGAUAGCAUCGUCAAUUCUCCAUUACCUCCGUUACCUGUCAGCGAGAAACAACGUCCAGCCACGUUGGAAACAGCUGGUUCCAGAUACUCUCACGCGGAUAGCGACGGUCUACCCGAGGACGAAGGUUUUUAUACGAAAGUGGAUGGUGGUCCACCACCGAUCCCGCAACGAGAGGUACGGCCUCGUUCUGUGGGCUAUGGAACCACUCCGCCAAGACCUACGCAUCAGAGAUCUCUUAGCAAACCGUUAAGUCCAAAGCUACCGUUGAGACAUUCUUUGCCAACGCCUACCGAUGGUGUCGAUCAGGCUGGUUUGAGGACUUCCUGGAGCGAACCUGGUCCUGAACCGGCUCCACCACUGCCACCUAGAGGUUGCACGCCAGAUAAGAGAGACUCUAAUACGAAUACGAUCGUGCCACCCGCGCCUCCAAAACGUUUAGCGUACAAACGUAACACCGAAUGGAGCACCGACGAUGAUUCGGAAGUGCAAAACGAGCCGAACGAUCUUCGCGAUAGCGGUAUAUCAACUGCCAGUUUAUUAGAUUUCCAAUCGCACUUGACCAAUUUGAACAACUUGAGUUACGAGGACUUUGAGCCACGGUCAAGAUGUAACGACAUCAUGAACAUUUCACCGCCAUCUGUAAUCAACGCGUUGAACGUCUCUACGGGGAAUUUUGCUAGUGGUAUGUUCCAGGGCUCCCAUUCUUUACCAGGGCAGGAGGUGAGUCCACCACCGAUACCACCCAAGGCACAUCAAGACACCCCAUCAGCACCGUCGACUUUGGAAAGAGUCUCAAAUCGUACCCAGUUACACGGCCAUUCCGAGAAUUACUCGGUGCCUAAACUUCAAACGUUGUCCAUGGCGUCUGAUACGGAAAGCACUGUGUAGCAACGAUGAAUCUCCUAGUCUUAGCGAUUAAUCGUGAUGUGCGUGUGUCACAGUCGAGUAGAUUCGAUCGUAGAAUCGUAUGUAACUGCGAAACUUUCGGAGUUCUGACGGUCGGUGGUUAUCGCGUUACUAACAAUUCGAUCCUGUUGUAUUUACGUAAUGAGAUCUCUGACAUUUGCACAUCAUCACAACGUAUAUACAUUAAUAUACAUAAGAAAAAUCCUUUAAUAAUCGAAAUUAAGUCUUCUAAUGCGUAAACUCAUAUUUCGAACAUCUAGUGAUGGGCAUUGCAUACCUUCGCAAUUGAAAACGUCAAAAAAAUCUCCGCACUUGAGGAACAACCCACAUCGUUUGGUUUAAUCUCUAAUUGGUAUCAUUUUUAUUUCGUAGAUAGCAUACCCAUAGAAAUAUUCAGAGAUUUACGGGCAUAACGAAGUCUAGCUAAGUGGUUCUGGAUGGGACUGUAGGAGCAGAGAAUUCUUAGAAUUAACUGUAUGGAUAGAGGUCCUUUCAUGCAUUGUUUGGAUAUCUCUCACCUUAAUAGAAAGUUAUUUCUUUGUAAUUUGAUCAACUUUUAAAAAAGAAAACUUUAAAUUACUUCUUCCUUACAAUAAAAUCACGCUCGAGUGCAGAGAAUUAAAUAAGCAUAAUAACUGAAUGGAUCUUGAGAGUCUUAGAAUAUUAUUUUAAUUGUAUGUAUUAAAUUUUGUCAAGAAAAUAUAAUGACGGGGACCCUUCGAAUAAAGAAAAAACAUUUGUUCGAUGACUGUAUCAAGCUUUUCCAAGAAAGUUAGUAUUAUUAUUUUUCCAUGAUGUUAGUAUUAUUAAAUAGUAUUAUAUUAUCAUUUGUAGUAUUAUUUUACAUUAAUUAUUUCUUACUUAUUGACACGCUGAUUUGAUCACGAUUAACAUUUUUUAACGCUUUGACUGUCAUAUCGCCGAUAUGAAGGUAACACUUGAAUUUUGUACAAAUCCAUUAUUCUUGUUAUUAGUAAUUUUUUUAAUUACUUAAUUAAUAAUAUUCGCAUUGGAAACUCGAAAUUACGCAAAAUAAAAUUUUCAAUUAUUUCAGCACAGCAGUCAACGUGUUAAGAUUCAAAAGCUAUCAAAGACUUUCAAGAUUUGCGAUUCUUCGAACACGCUAAAUUUUACUCGGUACUUGAAAGUGAGUCAACAUGUUAAUGGUAUUUACAUAUUAGCCCAUCACUAAUUGCACCCCUCACGUGUGUAUAACGUACCUUAGUAGAAGCGCGGUAUCGAAACGCUGAGGACCACCAAGACUCGUCGUAGAACGCUUCUGGUAGCGCUUGGCGUUCAAAUCGAUAUUGCUACGGCGACUUUAUGUUAAAGACGACGAUCUUCCGAAUACUAACCUAACUAUAUUUUGUAAUUUAUUUAUAUUUUCGAUGAGAAUAAAAGUAAUUUUUAUCAACGAGA